AUGCCUCAGUACCGUGUUGAGGUCUCCCCCAACAACCGUGCUGUCUGUAAGGACAAGCAGUGCAAAGAAAACAAGGUCAAGCUGCUGAAGGGCGAGCUGCGCUUCGCUACCUGGGUGGAGAUUAAGGAACAUGGCUCCUGGUCUUACAAACACUGGGGCUGCGUUUCCGGCAGCCAGAUCCAGAACCUACGCGAUGCCAUCCAAAAAGAGGAUGACACCUAUGACUUCGACAUGAUCGAUGGAUAUGAUGAGAUGACCGAAUACCCUGAGCUCCAGGCUAAGAUCCGUACCGCUAUGAUCGAGGGCAAGAUCGCCGACGAGGACUUCAACGGAGACCCCGAGUUCAAUCGCCUCGGCCAACGGGGCAUCCGCGGGCGCGCCAAGAAGCCCGCCGCUGUUAAGGAGGAGGAGGAGAAGGAGGAGGAGAAGGAGGAGGAGAUCGACGCCGACGCUCCCAGCUCUCUUGCGGACCGGUCACCCACUCCCGUCCCUUCCAGUACUAAGCGGUCUACUAAGCGGUCUACUAAGCGGGCUGCUAAGCGGGCUCCAGAGCCCGAUUCAGUCUCUUCGCGACCCAAGCGCAAGCGGACUAAGAAUUAA